AUGCGGAUUGAAGAGUAUAAAGGGAGCCGAGUCGACGACGCCCACAACCAAGAGAAGAGAGCCAAUAAAAGUAAGGACCACGUGGAAGAAGGCAGGAAGGGUCACAAACCCUCCAAAUAUGUCAGUCGCCCUUUGGGGCAUAACACCUCAGGGCGCCAAUCACACAGCGUCCUGCAAACUGAAUACAAAGAAGAGCGCAAGAGUAACCCACGACAUCAACAACUGACCAGUUCUGGCAAGCGACACCGCGAGCGUAGCAAUUCACCAAAAAGAAGAAGAACUAACCAAUUCGGUUACCGGCCCCGCCAUGAACGUGACCAAAGAGAAGAUUCUCCAAGAGACCGCAGAGUGCAUGCUAGCCCAAACAAUAGAGGAAGACGGGAGGAAGAUGACGAAGACUCAGCUAUCAUCAAGCACAGAGUGAUAAACAUGAUCUCAGACGGAUUGAGCGGAGGUGGAGAAACAGCUAACGCCAGGAAGAAACACUUGAAGCAAUAUUUGGCGGUAGCUGGAAAAGUCAUCAGCAAAGUGAAAGUUGAUUCGGGUCCAACCAAGCCUAAAAUCGUGUGGGACUACAGUGAUUUGGGCGACGUCCUUCCCGGACAUGAUGAACCCCUAGUCAUUCAAGCAAUAAUAGCCAAUUUUGGCGUUAAUCACAUGUUUGUUGAUCACGACAGUUCUGCUGACAUCUUGUUUUUACCAUGUUUCAGGGCGUUAGGGUUUACAGUCAAUGACUUAACCCCAGUCGCUGGUGAACUCUCAGGUUUCAAUGCAACAGUCACCAAGCCGCUCGGAAUGAUAAACCUGUGUUUAUCCAUGGGAACUCCACCCACUUCAAGGUCAGCUGACAUCCAAUUCCUAGUGCUUGACACCCCAUCAGCAUACAACGCAAUUCUUGGCAGAAGGAUGUUCGCCGCCUUUGAGGUGAGCGUAUCAACCCGCACUUGGCGAUGA